AGCAACCCUUACUCCUUCCUCGGGACAUGGAGGCCUAUAGGCGAUUCUCUCAGCCCGAGCUCUUCCUAUCCCUAAAAAGGGAUCUCGCGUUGAUUACUCAGCAGGUGUUCGUGGCUGAUGAGUUCUGCCGCGAUAGCCGUAGUCGGGUUGAGGCUGAGACCCAGGCUCGGGCGGAGAUGGAGAAAGCCUUGGGAUCCCUCAAGCACGAGCACCUCCAACUCACGGACGAGUUCAAGGUGUCGGAGAACCGGCGCAAAAGUGCAGAGGCUGGUUUAAAGAGUGCUGAGACCCAGGCGGAGGACCAGCGCAAAGAGCUGUACACGACGCAGCUUAACCUCAUCACCGAGAGGCAGGCAAUGCAGGAUCUCAAGAUUGCCCUGCAAAAAGUAGAGGAUGAGCUGAGGCAGGUAAAGGAGGAGGCCCAGCUGAUCCGAGAGGCUACAGAGGCCGAGAAGAAUGCUGCUCGCCAGCUCGGGGCUGAAGAGACGGAGGCCAGGCUGUCUGAGGAGAUUCCUGAGAUGUUGGUGUGA